AGAGAAAACGUGAAAAAUGAUCCCGCUCGGUGGAUCCGCAGUCGUCGAGGCGCGAGAUUAAAGCGACACCCCGUAUAUGAACGAGCAUCGCUUACGACGAGCAGCGAUGUUGUUUCGUGGGUCGAAAAUUGUAUAUCGCUAUGGUAGGCUGCACCUCGUUCCCCCGUCAACGAGGGCUCAAGGGGUGACAUCGGCUGCCCCAAUUUCGGGAUAUUGAAUCGCGCUGACAAGAGACAGUCCGUAAAGCUAAUUGCACAAGUAAAAUAUCUUUAUUAAUCGACGUAUAUCGUCGCGUGUGUCGGCCGACGUAAGAGACGAUCAAAGAGACGGUAGAAAUGUAUCAUUAAUCAUCCGCGACGAUAUUCCGCGAAGCAGCGAAGUAAUUUAUAAUAUAUUUUUCGUUUUUACACAGAGACUGAACGAUGAGAAUCCCACAUACGAUAUCGAAGAACGUGCUAGCCGCUUACAGGUGCUCGCCCGAGACCUCAUCGUUACCGCAGGAGCAAGGGAGAACCCUACGAGCAGAGGACGUCUCCUGGGACGACGGCGUAAUCCCCGAUUUAAAAAUCCUCGCGCUUCGUGUCAUAGUCUCGAUAUGGAAGGAUAAUCCUGUUCUGGAGGAUCUGCCGACGUGCGUCGACAGGGACGUGUUGUUGGAGACACUACCGACUGAUCUCCCCUUCGAAUUGACGAUAACGAGGAUUGAGGAUGGAUUUUACUGGGAACGCGCGGCCAAGGAUAGGUGGGAUUACAACGAUCCAAGCGAGCAUGGCGGUUCGUGGCGGCGAUUAUGUUGCGAGCGUCACUUGGCCGAGUAUUUGGAGACUUUGGAAGCAAGCUACUUUGAGCCUCAAAAAGAGGAAUGCAAGAAACUAAUGACUCUUGUGAAGGACUACGUACAUGUAAUACGGCUUCGCUCUCUCGUGCCGACCAAGUCACCGGGGAAGCAAGUAGAUGCGGAAGAUGAAAAGGCAACUUCGAGGGAGGAGGACAUCGUACAUCAUAUUCCCAUGGCAAUUAUACUGCCGCAACUGCCGCAUCUCGUCGAGAUCUACUUGAACUUCGGCAUGAUCUACAUGAACGACGGUUUCGAGUGGCGGGACUUCAAGUUCUCGCUGGAGGACUGCGUGAGCCUGGGCGAGGGAAUUAAAGCCAGUCCGAAAUUGCGGAAAUUCAGUUUAACCCGUAGUAAUCUGGAUCGGCCCCGAGUUGCUGCCAUUCUCCAAGGAAUGGCGUCGAACGAUAACAUUGAAGAAUUGGAUUUGUCGCAUUGCAAAUUGGCCGACACCGGUGCGCACGCGGUGGCUGAAUUCCUGUCCAUGCAUCGGAAGCUAAGGACCUUGCACUUGGUUAACAACAAUGUAGGACCGAGCGGAGUGGCUGGUAUCAUUCACGGAAUAUUGAAAGCGAAAUCGUCGGCUCUGAGGGAUCUAAAUCUCAGAUUGAAUCCCCUGGAAGACGCGGGAGCUAAUCACAUAUGCGCGCUUCUAGUGAGAAGCAAAAUUUUGCAGACAUUGAACAUCAGCGCCUGUAACUUAACUUCGGAAGCUGGUAUAGCGAUUGCCGAGGUACUCUCUUCUGGCUGCGUGGAACUAGAGACCUUAUCCCUCGAUGUGUCGAACAACGACUUUGGGCCCACCGUCGGCGAGUCAUUCGAUGCGGUCGUGCGGUCGUGCCCGUAUGUUAUCCAGUUGGACGGCCGAAUGUGCAAUUUCUCGAAAGAAUCGGAGCACUCGAUCAACGAGAGCGCGCACAGGAAUAAACAAAAUGUGAGAAAGCAGAAGAACAAGACUGCGUUUUACCACCGAAGUACUUCAGCCAACGCCAAGAAUCUGCAACAACCGUCGGAAGUCGAGUCUCCAUCCCCCCAAGUAAAUGGUAUUGUGAAUCGUUUUGUCGGCAGACAAAUCAAUGCUGACGAACAGGAGUGAUGAAAUCAAUUCUCAGAGCUCGAUCAACAAGCGAAAUGCACUAGGAGACAGAGAAACGGAGAUUUUCCUGAUCGUGGAAAAUUUAAGAGGCCGUUUGGCCGCGAUGCGGCGAGAGCUCGCUGAUACUUCCAACAGAGUUCUCAAGUAGUAAAACAAAGACGAUGGUACGUACAUGCAGAGGCACGAAUACGGCCAAUCGAUAAAUCCAUUAUCUCUUAUUGCUUCAGAGAGCAUCUAAUAAAUGAACAGCAUGAAAGGACUUUGUUAAGUAUCGGAAAAUAUCAUAUUUAUCAAAACACACUUGUUAUAGCAUACGUAAGCAUAGUUUACGCGCGCGCAUAUCGCGUAACCAUGUCGCUCAAAUUGUCAUCCGCGCGUAGGCUAACUUGUAAAAUAAAAACUGGUUCAACAAUAA